AUGAAGAUUGCUGCAAGAGUCCUGUGUUUGUUAGUUAUUGUUGUCGUAGUUUACAGUCUCGUGAACAUGUCAUUUAUCAGACAGGAGAGGAAUAAUGACAACAGGUUAAAAAGGAUAGAAUAUCUGGAGGUUCUUGGAAGACUGAAGAUCAUUGAAAAUCAAGUUUAUAAAAUAGCCAAAUUAAUAGAAGUCAAAAAUCAAGUCAAAGAGGCUGUUGUGGAACAGAAAAGUACAAAGAAAACUGAGGUUAAGAAGUUGUAUCCAAAAUCACCUCUCUUCAGUUCAUGGGGAGCUGAACUCACAGAAGAGGAGCAGAUGGAAGCAGAGAGGCAGUUUCAAGAGUUCGGAUACAAUGUGUUCCUCAGUAACAGAUUACCACUGAACAGAACAAUCCCCGAUACUCGAGACAUCAGACUAAUAUAUAUAUAUAUAUGUGUGUGUGUAGUCAUUAAAAGGGCAAUCCACAGCAUCACUGACAAAACUCCUGCUCAUCUGCUAAAGGAGAUCAUCCUGGUAGACGACUAUAGCUCAAAUGAGGAUCUGCAAUUGGCUCUAGAUGAAUAUAUUGAUCUAUUUAAUAAAGACAAGCCUGGCUUAAUCAAGAAAGUGAGACACAAAAGGCAGAUGGGUCUUGCCAAGGCCCGAAUCUCAGGCUGGGAAGCGGCCACAGGUCAGGUGGUAGCCAUUCUGGAUGCACACAUUGAAGUUCAUAAGGAAUGGGCAGAGCCACUACUUUCAAGAAUCAAAGCAGACAGGACAGUAGUGCUGUCACCGGUGUUCGACAAAGUGCUUUUUGACACACUGGAGGUUGUUGAGUAUAUUCCUGCUGCUCAUGCGUUUGACUGGAACCUCUGGUGCAUGUAUGAGUCCUUCCGGCCAGAAUGGUACAAAAACUACAACCCAUCCAAACCGGGGAAGAGUCCCUCAAUCAUGGGUAUUUUUGUCGCUGAUCGUCAAUUCCUGGGAGAAAUUGGAGUUUUGGACGAAGGAAUGAAAAUUUACGGGGGUGAAAAUGUUGAACUUGCAAUACGUGUCUGGCUCUGUGGUGGGAGUAUUGAAGUGGUGCCGUGUUCAAAGAUCGCACACAUUGAAAGAGCACAUAAGCCCUAUUCACUAGAUCUCAGCAGACCCAUGAUUCGAAACGCCCUGAGAGUGGCCGAAAUCUGGCUGGAUGAAUAUAAAUCAAAUGUGAAUAUUGCCUGGAAUCUCCCUCUAAAGAAUCAUGGGAUUGAUAUAGGUGAUGUGACUGAAAGAAAACAGUUACGAGAGAAACUCAAAUGUAAGCCCUUCAAAUGGUAUCUGGAGAAUGUAUAUCCUCUCCUAGACGGCUGGGAAGACAUUAUUAGUUAUGGUGUGCUGAAGAAUGACAUUCAAGAAAGAUACUGCAUUGAUCAAGGCGAAGUUCCUGGAAGUGUACCUAUUCUAUAUGAAUGUCAUCACUAUGACCCUCAGCAUUGUUAUUAUAACCGUAAUGGAGAGAUCUACAUUGGAGGCAUCAAAUCUCACACGUAUAACUCCAAUCGUUGUCUAAUGGAUCCUGGCAGUGGAAAGACACCAGCAUUACACGACUGUAAAAAUGCCAAGGAGAAAGGAUUGAGUAUAUACUGGGACUUUUCUCAGGGAAAUGCAAUAAGAAACAGAAACACAACUCGAUGUCUUGAGAUUGGCCAAGGAGAGGAUUCCUAUUAUUAUCUUAUUUUGCAAACAUGCACAGGACAAAAAUGGACAAUACAACAUGUCAUCAAAGACUUUUAA